GCCAGUUUGCGGGACGGUUUGGAGGCUGCGCGAGCUGCGCACCUCGCCUGGCCUGCACCGUUCGUCCUCCUCGGCCUGUUCGCGCCACUCGGUCCCGCCAUGCCGGUCGAUCUCAGCAAGUGGUCCGGGCCCUUGAGCCUGCAGGAGGUGGAGGAGCGGCCGCAGCACCCACUGCAGGUCACCUAUGGCGGUGUGGUGGUGGACGAGCUGGGCAAGGUGCUGACGCCCACUCAGGUUAAGAACAGGCCCACCAGCAUUGCUUGGGAUGGGCUUGAUCCAGGAAAACUGUACACCUUGGUCCUGACAGACCCUGAUGCGCCCAGCAGGAAGGACCCCAAAUACAGGCAAUGGCACCACUUUCUGGUGGUCAACAUGAAAGGCAAUGACAUCAGCAGUGGCACCGUCCUCUCUGAUUACGUGGGCUCCGGGCCUCCCAAGGGCACAGGCCUCCACCGCUAUGUCUGGCUGGUUUACGAGCAGGAUGGGCCGCUCAAGUGCGACGAGCCCAUUCUCAGCAACCGCUCUGGUGACAACCGCGGCAAGUUCAAGGUGGCAUCCUUCCGCAAAAAGUACCAGCUGGGGACGCCGGUGGCCGGCUCAUGUUACCAGGCCGAGUGGGAUGACUACGUGCCCAAGCUGUACGAGCAGCUGUCUGGGAAGUAGGGCAAAACUCGGAGC